AUGGAACUGGAAAGUAAUCGAACCGUGGCCAUCGAACUCCAUAAAAUGAGCAAGGAUGAACUGGCACUAAAAUACGGAGGAGCCCACAGCACAGCAGCCAUAAAACGGCAAGAAGCGGCCAAGGAAAGGGGUAUCAAAGAGGUCGAGGACCCAAGUAACCUUGGGCUACAGCAGUGCUACAACUCUGUCUUCCUCGCUCCCAAUGUAUCAGUUCCUAUUGCAAUAAGUUCAAAGAAUCGUUCAAUAAGGGCUUUGUAG